UCAUAAUUAAUUAAAUAAUUAAUAUUUAGAAAAGGGUUAAAUGAUUAAUUGAUUAGAAGAUAGAAAUUGGAAUAAUUAGUAAGAUGAUGAUGGAGAAAUAUGAAUUUAGAAGAAUAAGAUUAAUUAACUUAAUUAAAUAAUUAAACAAAUAUUUAAUCAAUUAGAGGAAUAAUUAGUACAUGAUCAAUGAGACAUUUUUAGGUGUCUACAUUUGCUCCUCUUUGAGACAAUGUCGAAACGACGUCGUUUCAAAGAAAAUGAAAAUUUUUGCCCCAGUAUGCCCCAGUGAUGUUUAGGGUGUAAAUAUGCCCCCUCGAAAAAAGUGAUCGAUUUUUUUUUAAAAUGAGAGCAUUUUUUCGAUACCAUGUUAGUGAGUAAUUGUGUGAAGUUUCCUGCGAUUUCGAGUCCGUUUGACUAGCCUACAAGUGCAUUGAAGUUCAGGGGGGCCACGACCGUCGAAGUGGUAACACCCCUAAUUUUGAGCUAUAAAUAGUGAUUUUGACCUUUCAUUUGCUCAUUUGCAUUGUUUUGAGUUUUUGGAGUUCAUUGUGACUUUAGUGCUUUCCCACAAGUGUUUGAUAAUCAUGGUUGGCAUUAGGGCAUGAUAACACUUGUUCGAGCGAGUACGUUCAUAUCAGAGACCACCUGGGAUGGGCGGUAUGGAGAAUAUUGGAGUGCUAUAUUGUCGACAGAGUAGACCCAGUGGCCUCGAUCUUCGGGAUCACUUACUUGAUGAGGAUGUUGCUCAUAUCCGUCAUCUAGGUUUAUAUCAUGUGUUACAUCUACGAGAGAUUACGACCAACAGGGCCUUGAUUACCGCGUUAGUUGAGCGGUGGCAUUUUGAGACAUGUACAUUCCAUCUUCCUACUAGUGAGGCGUCCAUUACAUUAGAGGAUGUCUGGCGGAUUCUCCAUAUUCCCAUUCAUGGAGACAGAGUCGUAUAUGAUCAUGAUGAUGGCAUCGCAGGACUGUGUGCCCUUUUUGAGUGUGACGAGCAGGACUUAUAGAUAAGUGGCCAUUAUGAUAUACCAUGGGCCCGUUUGGACUACGAUGAUCUCACUAUAGUAUUAUGUAAUAUUGUAGGUGGUAUACUCAUCCCUAACAGGAGAGGUCAUGGAUUCCCAGUCGGAUGGGGUAGAGUCCUUCAUGAUAUGAUUGUUCAUCGACGUGUGUACGCUUGGGGUCCUUGUCUCUUAGCGAUGGUUUAUUAUCAGAUGCACAACAUUGUUUACUUGAGGUACAAAUGUGUCAGUUGUGGCAUUACAUUUCUCCAAACUUGGGCUUGGGAGCACAUUUCUAUAUCUAGGCCAGUUUUUCAUGUUGACUUGCAGCCUGAGGAGCCAUAUGUGUAUAGAUAUACACCCAGGAUUAGACACAGGGGCUCGGGUAAGACAUUCUACUGGCAACAUCAGUUUGAUAUUUUAUAACACUUCAGUUGGAGACCGUACUUGGAUUGCUCCGGUUGGGCAAACGAUGACCAACAUUUACCAUUUUGCAGACAACAAAGAUACCUCAUUGGUAGGACUAUGGAUACACAGAGGAUCAUUGAGAUGUAUCUACCAGGAUGAGUACUUAGGCAGUUUGGGGAGGUACAACGAGUACCUCCUAUGACAACUUAUUUUUCUUGAGUAUCAUGUGAGGUUUCAGAUUGGGGUGCAUGUAUACAACCACAUGUGGUUGCUGCAGAGUUUGAUGCACUUCAGGCAGUACAAUAGGGUUGGAGAGAAGGUGUUGCAGAUCUAGGGACAACACCUCAGUAUGAUACAUGGUGGGCUAGACAGGCUUAUUCCACUUACUGAUCUGACGGUUCCUAUCACACCUUAGCAGAUACGUCAUCUGAGAUAGCAGAGGAGGGAUAGGGAGGAGAGGGAAGGAGAUGGGGGAUAUGACAGAGGAGACGAGGGUGGAGGAGGAGAUGAGGAGGGAUACGAGGAUAUAGACAUUGAUGGAAACACCGAGUCUAUCAACAACAAAGAUGAUGAUGAUUCGAAUUCAGGAACAUUGAGCAGUGAGGUUGCAGAUGAUACUUAUAUGCCCGAGUUAUAGGAUGCACUAGUUGCAAAGGGGGGUGGGGAUGGAGGAUAGGGUGGUGAUGGGGAUGAUGAUGAUUCGCAGAUUCUCAUAGCAUGGAUUUGGAGCCUUGAGGAUGAGAUGGGGAGACUGAGGGAGUGACGGGGUGCUGAGCGAGAUCUAUGCGCAGGGAUUAUGGUGCCUUAGAGAGGGAGAGAGAUCAGAUAGCCAGUGAGUGAGAUCAUCUCGAGAGGGAGAGACAUGAUGCAGUGAGUCAGAUGCAAUUGGUCUAGGCCACAUAUGAUCAACAUUUUGCUUCGGGUAUAGAUAUACGGACAUAGUCUGAUAUGCUUUAUUACGUUGCACGAGCCCUUGUAUUAUAGACAGGUCUAUCAUGGUGUUGUACCUGAGGUACAUAGAGAUCCUAGCUUUAGUGAGUUUAGAGGUCAUUUGGGUUCUCAUAGGUCUACUUCGUAGAGGACUAGCAACAAUGGUGUUAUGCAUCCACCUCAGACAUCUUUGGGACAUCACGGGGUAGGAUCUACCAGGCAGGAUCCACCUGGAGAUAGAGGUAGUGCAGUCUGAGACACUUUAGAUCAUGUUAUUUGAGCUUUUGGGAAUUUUAUGAU